AUGAUGCGACGACUUCUUCUGCUGCAAUCGCAUCUUACGCAGGUGGUCGUUGAUGAUCAAUGGAAGGACACUGUUUGGUCAACAAAGAAGAUUCGAGACGCCGCCGCGGAGGUCACAACAUGUGUCGGUUGUCGUCAAUGGUGGGAGGAUAUGAGAGCGCUGUGCAAGUUGUUGGAUCCCAUCAUGGACAUGCUGCAGAUGGUGGACAGCGACACGAGGCAGWUUGGCAAGAUUCUGCGUCGGUACGAUGAGAUAAUCGCGCGUUGUUUGUCUGCAUGCGCUUUGGAGAAGGACGAGCAGGACGCGUUGCUUGAAGUGUUUGACAGACGCCGCACCAUGUUUAAGUCGCCUGCUCAUGUUGCUGCCAUGAUGUUGGACCCCGAGUUUCGAGACCGCACGAUGCCAGAUGACGAGGAGAUGCAGCACGGUUUGAAACUCGCUCUGAUUCAGUUUGGGUACCCGGAAYAUUCGGAUCAGCACACCGAGGUCCUCACUGCCAUUGACAAGUUCCAUUCCAGGGAGCCGCCGUUCGACGAUGUGGCCAUGGACCGGGCGGCGAGGAGCUAUACCCAUCCAACAUGUUUCUGGGAGUCGAAGGAGAAGAGGUUCCCGCACACGGUCUUCUUCGCUGGCAGGAUACUGCGUGUGUGGGCAACUGCGUCGCCUUGCGAGAGAGCUUGGUCCCGUUGGAGUUUCAUCCACUCCAAAUCUCGUAACAGAUUGGAGGUGGCGCGGGCCGAGAAGCUCGUGCGAUGCCAUUGGAACCUUCGGCUCCUCGACAGGCAGGCUAUGUCGGACGAUGCUCCCAGUGACAGGCCACAUCCGUAUGGGAGCUGGGUGCACUACAAGCAGCAGGUGGAGGAGGAGGUGCCCACCGACCAGCAGCUUAUGGCAGACCGAGGAGCCCGUGUGACGGUCACGAAGGAGGAGUUGACGCAGGCGAGAGAGAGGAUGCGCGUCUUGUCCCGCAUGGGAGCCACUCGUCGCUUGCGGGAGUCUGACAGGAGGAGGUGUCGUGGCGGCGGUCGCGGAGGUGGUCGUCGGGGCGGUCGCGGGUGAGGCGGGCGUGGAGGUCCUGGCGGGAGGCGUAGUGUAGCGAGUCGUGGAAGGGCAGUGGACGAGCUAGUACGCAAGCCUCGACAACG